GAAGGUUUAGAAAUUUUCGACGCGGAUUUCGAUAUUGAGUACCCGUGAUAGUAGGAUACAAAUGUGCAUGGAAAGAUGCAAGCUUACCGCGAUAACUUCAAGCAAACACCUUGCCCAGCAACAUUUGAACAAACCUCAACUGGCGUGGCGACAGGUCGAUUACCUUUUUCCAAGGCGAAUCGCAAUCGUAACAGUGGUAUAGAUAAAACCUCGGGUUGCAUAGGGACUUCAAAUCCAAGUGGUGUCACCAUACCGCCUGAGACUGGUGUAUUAACAACGCCCAGAAUGUUAAGUCCCACACAAAGUGUAGAGCCGACUUCAACGGCUGCGCUAUUGCGUCAAAAUCAUGAGUUGCGACAACGUUUAUCGGAGGAGGCGAACAGCUAUCGCCGACGUAUUGACUCCUACAAACAGGCACAGCACAAUCAAGCAAAUCUUGUUAGUCGUCUACAAUCGAAAAUACAACAAUAUCGACAGCGUUGCAGUGAUUUAGAAGAUCGCAUGCAUGAUUCGAUUAAACACACACCCGUACCACCACCACCUUGUGCGCCGAAGAUAACCACCGGUCCCACAUCUAGUCAAGUUAUGUGCUCUACUUCAAUGGCUUUGGGUCAAUCGAGCUUGCCAUGCUCAUCUUCGCUGGACUCACCACCAUUAACCUGUGCUCGUGACUUUAUCGUGCACGAAGAUAGCGGUGAACUGUGCCGUAAGCUUGAGGAUGAGCAUAGUAAAUGUGAGCAACUGAUGGCUCAAAACAAUACGUUGCGCCAACAAUUGGAAGAAUCCAAUCGGACAAACGAGGCCAUAACCAAUGACCUACAGAAGUUAACUAAUGAUUUUUCCAAUUUACGCGACGAAUUGCUUAUCAAAGAAGAUGAAUAUAAGGAAGAGGAACAGGCUUUUAAGGAUUACUACAAUGGUGAACAUAAUCGUCUUUUGAAGAUGUGGCGUGAGGUUGUGUCAGUGAAACGUGCGUUUAAAGAUAUGCAUUCUGCUAUGAAGAACGAAGUUGGUAAAAUGGGUCUCGAACUCGGUAGUGUCACUAAGGACAUCUCCAACUCUUGUGGUGGUCUCUCAUUCGUGCUACAACAAGCAAAACGUAUAACCGACGAGGAGCUUGUGGAAUCUCGCCGUGAGAAUAACGAUUUAAAGUCACAAAUGGCCACUUUAAAGGUACAAUUUGAAAGUGCGCGUCAAGAGGUCUUAGAAAGGGAUCAAAGACUACUCGAUCUUAUGAAUCAAUUGAAAAAACUUGAGGAACGAUGCGCACAAGCUGAAUCACAAGCAAUGUUAGCUAAUCGUUAUAACGAUGAAAUUGAGCGGCUGAACAAUUCUAUACGUGAAAUUGCGCAAGCUGUCGUACAAGACGCCGAGAGUGCCGAUCGUGAAGCGGACGCUACGGAGGCGAAUGAAUCAAUGCAGCACAUGCACUUGACGCGUGAUAGCGCUGCCGGUAUGAGCGUACCAACAAAAUCACCGCGCCGCAGUUCAGCGCGUGCAUCACAAGCAUUCGCCGAAGGCACCAUAUCAGCAGUUCAAGCUGCACUACAUAAAUACCAAUUGGCCUUGCAUGAUAUGCAAGUGAAAUUUCAAAAUGCUAACGAAAACCUAAAAAAUACUAAAGCACAGCUCGAAACGAGCGACGGUACAAAAGCGCUCUUGACGACGAAGGUACAGCAGCUUACCGAAAAACUGGACAUUAGCAAUUCAAAGUUAUCCGAGUUGUUGAAAGAAAGAGACAGUCUACAGAAAACUUUGGAGGAAAUACGGCAACAAAAGCAGCAAAGCGAACAAGGACGACUCGAUUUGAAUUCAGCGUUCGAGAAUCUUAGCGCAGAAUUUGAAAAGUUGCAGCUUAAAAAUGGCAAAUUCCAAAAGAAAAUUGACUUACUUGAAGACGAUAAAAAAGCCGUGGAAUUGGAAAUUCAGCGUAUACUCAAAGAUAAAAACAUAAUUGAAAUGAACCUGAGGUCCGAAGAGGAUCGUGGCAGCCGCCUACGUGAGGAGACAAUCUCAUUACGUGAAGAAUUAAAUAGCGUAAGCCUUAGCCGAGAUUUGCUUGAACAGCAACGCAUUGAAUCUGAAAAUAUCAUCAAUCUCAUCGAAAAGCAAAAAGCUGAUUUGGAAUAUGAUUUGGAUAAGUUGCUUUUGGAAAAGUGUGAUCUGCAAGAGAGACUAGAUAAAGUCUCGAAUAGUAACAGCUCCACAUCGGACGAAUUGAAAACAAUGCAAAACAGUUUGACACAAACGCAGGAGGAGCGUAACAAACUGAAAGCCGAGGUGGAUGAACUAAAUAAAGAGAUCGCUGCGACUCGUAAGGAGUUAAGCGCCGUUGAGAAGACCCGUAUGGAAUUGGAAACGGAUAAUUUAUCCUAUAGUGAAAAGUUAAAAUGCACACAACUAGAAAAAGAGAAAAUCUUACAAGAUUUGGCUUGUGUUACGCGAGAUCGCGGUGAUAUACAUAAUCAAUUGACGGCUUUAUGUCGCAAAAAGGAGUCACUUAAUGAGGAGCUUAUGCGAACACGACAAAAAUUGGAACAAACUGUCGAAACAAAUAAUCGUUUAAAUAGAAAUUUGGAGGAAAUGGUUAAGGAUGUCGAAGAGAAGCAAGUUGUAAUUGAUUUGCAUGAAAAGGAAACCCAUCGUUUACAAGAACUCUUAGCCGCUUUGCGCACAGAAAAAGAGUCACUGGAAGCUGUACUUUUCGAUACAAAUACUCAAUUGGAAGCAACUGAAGAGAAACGACAACAGCUCGAACGUGAUUAUCAGGAAGCGCUUGUGCGUGAAGAAUCGCUUAAAAAUAACGUUGCACGCCUCAAUAAGGAGCUAGAACAAUGUCAUCGUCGCGCACAGGAAACUAAAAAUCAAUUAAUGAAUGCUGCGCGCGCGGCUGAAAAUGAUUUCAAUCAAAAGAUUGCUAAUUUGAAAGCAGCAGGAGAGGAUGCGGCUAAGAAACAUGCGGAUGAGAUGUAUAAAUUGAAAACAGCGCUGGAAAAGAGAAUGGCACAAGCACUUCAAGCACUGCAAACAGCAAAGGAUGAUGAAAUAGAGAAAUUGCAGGAACGUUUGGAUGCUUUACAAGCGCAUCUAGAAAGCUUGGUGCAACAGCACGAAGAGGCUAUGAUACGUGCUGAGAACGAAAAACAACAAGCCUUGCUUAUGGCUCAUCGCGAUAAGCAAGCUCUAAUGGAAAAACUGGAAGCAGCGGCACGAGAAUUGAAGGUAGAGCAAGAGGGUCUAGAACGCUUGAAACGUGAACACAAUGCACACGAUGAAAAGCAACGAAAUGCGAUUGCGCAGUUAAAGGAUGAAAUCUCCGCCAUGCGUACAAGAGAGGAGGAAAAUAGAAUGAAGCUUGAAGAAUGUAUAAGGAAACAGGAUAUGCAAAUAACUGGUUUAAAGGAAGAAAGAGAUAAUCUGAAUCGACUUGCUGAAGAAUUAAAAAUGGAUCUUCGCCUGAAAGAGGACAAGGUGGAGGGAAUAAACAAUGAAUUGCAGGACGCGUUGAGGAAAACCAAAGAAGGCGAGGCUUACAUAGACAGUUUACGAAGCGAGCUUACGGAUUGUCGUCGUCAAUUAGCCGAUAGCAACAUUGAAAAGGAUAAAUAUUCCAGUAGCAAUAAGGAGUUACGUGAUCAUGUUAAGCACGUGGAGAGCGCUAAACGGGAGCAGGCACGUGCCAUAGAAGAAGCUCUGCAAAAGAUUAAUACGUUGCAAGAAUCAAAGAGUUCUCUAGAAAAUGAACGGACUCGACUAACUACGGUUUUGAAGGAGACCGAAAAUAAUAUGAGUAAAACAGUACAGGAAUUAAAUUCAACUAAGAAUACGCUGCAGAAAACUCAAAUGGACUUUGCACAAAAAGACGAAGGUGGAAAGGAGCUGCAGAAUAAGUUGGCGGCAGAAACUGAAUUGAAGGAGCGCAGUCAACAGGAACUAAAUCAGCUGAAGAAGCAGCUAGCAGAUUUAGAAGAAAAUCUAUGCGAAACUAGAGCGGAACUAGGACGCGCACGCUGUCAGUCCAACCAGGAAGAGCAUCGUUUCCACAACCGUGAGCAAGAGUUGUUGGCACGUAUUGAAGAAGCACGUGGUAGAGAAAAACGCCUAGAGGAUCAAAAGCAUAAUCUUGAAGUUUGCCUUGCUGAUGCAACACAACAAAUACAGGAGUUGAAAGCACGUUUGGGCGGUGCUGAGGGUCGCAUACGUGCACUUGAUGAACAAUUAGCUUGUGUGGAGCUGCAUAAACGUGAUACGGAACAUAAACUCAGCUCCGUAGCUCAUACAUUGCGGCGCAUUGCCGGAAUUCAGCCCGAUGGCACUGUCAAUCUUUCCUAUCGGCUUAUAAGCCCAACUAGACGUUAUAGUCCUAUACGAAAUGGCAUGGCGUCUUCGAGUUGUCAUGAUUAUGAUGCUAGGAGCACCUCACAAUGCCCGGAAGCACCUUGCGAUCUUGAUCCUGAUUUAGUGCGUAAAGGUGUUCGCAAUCUAAUGCAUCAAGUUGCUCAAAUUGAACGUGAGAAAGACGAUACGAAAGUACAACUGGCAGCGGCCAAAAAGCAAUUGCAGGACGCGGCUGAACAGCAAUUACGCUGCGAUGGAAAAGUCAGUAAACUACAGCAAAUGCUUCGACACCUGCAGGAGGAAAAGGGUAAUAUUGAUACGGAACGUAGUAUGAAAGUUUCGGCUUUAAAUGCAUUGGAAGAUAAAUUUAAGCAGAAGUGUGAUGAAUGUCAACAAAUGCGAGAGAAGAUAACCCAGCUGGAAAUGCAAUUAGGAUCUUGUAACGAGGAAAACUCUCAAAUCGAGGAUCGCUUGGAGAAGUGUCGCAGUCACGGAGCGAAACUGGAGAAUGAAAAACGCCACCUCCAGGAAGAGUUGGCGAAGGCAGAAGGUCGAGCUGCCAAACUAGAUUUGCAACGUGUUGCUAUGGAGGGUGAUAUAAACCGCUUACAAAUGGCUUUGCAAGAGAAGGAUUGCCAAGUGCGUCAAGCCCAAGAACGGCUUGAUAACCAAAAUCGAGCCAUGGUGCAGCUAGAAGAACGUUGUACCUCUCUCAAGACUACGGUUGAUCAAAUGAAAGAUCGCCUGCAGAAAGCAGCAGUUACCGAAACCGAGUUACGUGGUGAACUGAAAGUACUGAGCAAGGAACUCUCCGAGCAGGGACAUUGUUCUCAGUCGAAUGAGGAAAAACUAAAGUUAUUACAAAAACAAUCACAAGCAGCAGAAAAUGAAAAGCGUAUACUAGCUGAGCGACUGGAUAAUGCCCAAAGUAGUUUGAACGAGUUGCGACGGAGUCAACAGGCGCAAUUGGAUCGCAUUCAACGUCUUCAAGAGCAAGUUACUGAUUUAGAAGUACAACGUUCUGCUUUACAGUCACAAUUACGCAUUGCUAAAUGGAAUCAAGAGACGGGUGAUGGUGGUGGUGGCAUGGCGAAUAUUUCAGAGAAACGUGAAGAGGAAGAACUCAGCCGACAAUUGAAAUCGUCACAACGUGAAAAAUCAGAGCUACGCAACAAAUUGCAGACUCUACAAGAUAAAGUCAAGCAAUUAGAGUCAGAACGUAAAAGUAAGUUUUCGGGUAGUGGUGGUACAGCGGCUUAUGAUCGUGCAGAGAAGAAUACUUCAUACUAUGAUCCUGGUGAUUACGACUCGAAUCGUAUGGAAAGUGCUCCAGGCAAUUACAGCUGUGGUCUUGAUCAUGGCGUUAUCGAGCAAGAAUCGCGGGAUUUACGGUUAAAAGUUCGUCGUUUAGAGACACUCCUAGCAGAAAAAGAGUCCGAAUUAGCAAGGCUUAAGGCAAGAGUACAUGAUAGCGCCAAAUGCGGUGAGGGCGGUUUGGAUGCGGAGCGUUACCGCAAUGCUCAGCUACAUGCAGAGAAGUUGUUAGAUGCGCGAGAGCAGUCACAUCGACAGCAAGUAUUGCGCUUAGAGAAUCAGAUAUCUAUGUUACGUGAACAGUUGGCACAGGAAGCCAAACGGCGACAGCAAUAUAUUUUGCGUAGUUCCAAAGCCAAUCGCGAAAUGCAACACUUAAGAAAUACACUAGGUGAUUCAUUACGACAUGUCUCACAGCAUCCUUUAGAUCCGAAUCUUUUGGAAAGCGAAUCGCGACGCUUGGAUAAUGCCGUUUCAAUGAGCCUACCACCGUCAACUUGUAGAGAUUACGAUCAAUAAAUUGCAGAGAAAAGAUGUCAUAAAAAGAUAACGAAAUUCAAAACUGCCACUAAUAGCUUCCUUAUUUAGAAACUAACUGCAUUUAUUAACAUAUCAACAUACAUAUUUACAUAUAAACUACAUAGGUAUAUUCACAUAAUAUACAACCCAUACCUUUAUUCACUAAAUACAACCAACUUUCAUUCAUAUAUAUAAUUUAUUAUAUUUAUUUAAUUUAUAAUGUUUAAAUCAUCAUUCCAUUGAGAUAUUAUGCUUUACGACUAAUUAAUAUAACUCUAUGGCUUUUCAUUGUCUGCAAGAUAGACAAUAGAAUAUAGUGAGUUUACUGCUUACAUUUCAUCCAUAAAACGGUUUUAUAACAAACAAAGAAAUUCUAAAAAAAACACAUUUGGCUAAAAAGUUAUUAAUUUAUAAUAUAAAAAAAAUACUGUUGCAUUUCUCCUCACUUUAGGAGAAUAUUGCGGUACAGUUUUAAAAGUUGACAAAAAAAAAACAGAAUAAAUCAGAGAAACUCAUUUCUACCCAAUUUCCAACUUCACAGUCACUAUUGCAUUUAAGACAUAAUUUUAGUUACAAACACAUUUAAAAAGAAAAAAACAACAAUUUUGAAUAAAUAACGAAAUUAUAUUUGUAGAAUGAAUAUUUAACUCAACAAUACACUUGUAUCGUACACUUUGAGCAAAUAAAAAAUACGUUUGGUAUACAA